AUGUCAAAUUUAAAUAAUCCUCCGGUGCCAAAACAAAGUCAAAGUCUAAAUGAUUUUGAAAGUGCUGAACACACCACUGAAUCGAAAUUCUGGCGUAAGUUCAAACAAGAUCCAGUUGUACCUAUUGGUAUGACUGGAUUUGGUUUGAUCGUACUUGGAGCUAUAAUUGGUUUCAAUAGACGAGAUCGAAAUAAGCCUACAUCCACCUACUGGAUUCGUACUCGUGUUUAUGCACAAGGUUUUGUUGUAUCUCUACUAACUGCAGCAGCUAUAUAUCAUGCUGUUAAAGACACUCCAGAGCCGCAUAAUAUUCAUGGUCAGAACAGAGGUCAUCAUGGUCAAGUUCAUCAUCAAGCAUCAGCAUCCAAUAAUCACCAUUCAAAAUAA